GGAGCGGCUCGAUGGCCGCCUCCGCCUGCCGCUUCAGCUCCUGGCGCUUGAUGGUGUCUGCCAGAAGAGCUUGUUCUGCCAGGACGAGCGGUUUCAGGCCUCUCGCCCAGCGCUGACUGGGAAUUCCCCAAGGAAUCUCCCGUCCCAGCGGCGUGUAUACUUCUCAGACCGCUCAGACGAGCUGGGCCGAUCGGCUGACGAUUCUCACAGACGAGUUGGGGCGGUUGGCUGACGAGUGCGGAGUGGCCAUGACUUUUGUUACGUCAAGGCUGAAAAAGGGUUCUUUAGAUACCUCUUUAAGCAUCCCUCUUAAAGUCUGCACACCUCGUCGCCCAUGAUUUCAAUGAUAAGAUCCGCCGCUGGGGCGCGAUUGGCGGGCACCUUAUCAGCCGCGUGGUACGCUGCAACUGUUUGGCCACCGAUGUCGCUAGUACGAGUUACAGUCUCGUUCUAGCGUUGCCGCAGCAUGGAUAGCCACCCUUCCGACUCUCCUCCAGUGGCAUUGUCUCGCUGGCCGAGUCCCGUCCCGGAGGGCCCGGCUUCUCCCGACACAGACGCGUCCACCGUGACGUGGGAGCCCCAGCGCACCGAUAUAGACGGGGAACAGUGCGCGGGGACUUCCCCGCCGUCGGGGGGAGUCGAGGAGCGGCUCCGGGGGGAACCAUCCCAGCUGACGACGGAGAAGUUGCGCGGCGACUUUGCACCUCUGCUGGCGCCGCUUCUGCUGCUGACACUCAGCCAUGGCGGCGCCGGUCUGCCCAAACAAGCUGUCCGGCCGGCUGACAUCUCAGCAGAGGACAUCGGACCCGCCUACAAGGUCACCACCCUCAACGAUCGACCCAUCAUCGGUAUCGUGUCACAGGAGCUGCCCGGCAGCCUGCAGCGUGCCUUUGGUAACCACACCAGCUACAUCGCCGCCUCCUACGUCAAGUACUGGCAGUCGGCCGGCGCCCGAGUGGUGCCCAUUCUGAUCAACCAGCCGGACGAGUACUACCAGGAGCUGUUCCACAACCUGAACGGGCUCGUCUUCCCGGGCGGCUCGGCCAAGCUGGGCGACAGCGGAUACUACCGGGCCGCCAAGGUGCUCUGGGAUAUGGCGGCCGCCCAGCCCGACGACGUGUUCCCGAUCUGGGGCACCUGUCUGGGGUUCGAGCUGCUCACCUAUCUGGAGCUGGACGGACGGCACCUGGCCGACUGUUCGUCCAGCAACCAGGCGCUGCCCCUCGACUUCACUCCCGACGGCACCAGUAGCCGCAUGUUCUCCGGAGCCAGUCAGCAGUUGCUGGACAUCUUCUCCACACAGAACGUCACCGUCAACUUCCACAAGUACUGCGUGUCGCCGGAGACAUAUCGGAGCUCGCUGGCGUCCGACUACCGACUGAUCGCCACCAACCGCGACUGGAACGGGCAGGAGUUCGUCAGCGCCUUCGAGCACAGGACUCGCCCCAUCUACGGUGUCCAGUUCCAUCCGGAGAAGAACAUCUUCGAGUGGGGAGAAAAGGAUAACAUAGACGCCAUCCCGCACUGGAAGGAGGCCAUUCAGGCGUCCCAAUACCUGGCCAACUUCUUCAUCGACGAGGUUCGCAAGAACACACACCGUUACCAGAGCGUGGAGCAGGAGAAGGCUGACCUAAUCUACCAGUACUCCCCGGUGUACUCUGGGGACACCGACUCCGUCUUCGACCAGGUCUACCUCUUCGACUAGCCCUCAGUCGAUACAGCAGCACUCAGAGGUGCUCGAGCUACACCGCUCGCCCUCCCGAGGCUCGGUGCAGUCUGCUGAGAACCUGCGCGACAUCUAUUGGCAAGUCGUUAAGCUAAGGUCGAUAGUGCUAGAUGGCGCUAGAUACGCCGUUCCCUGUUUACGUCGACUUUGCUCGUUCACGACCGUGCUUCAGGUCAUGUUUGAUGUUGGUGUUGGGAUUAACGUCAGAGCUGGCGUACGAUGAGGUGGUUAUAGCGGCCUGUAUUCACUUAGAUCGUCGCUAGCGGGCUUCCUCGGUCGUAACGCUGGUUAGAAUCGAUUACAUCUCGCUCUGGCGUCGACUUUUAGGUAGUUUAGACAUUGUCACAUUUUGAGGUCGGUGGCACUAUCUGAAAAUGUUGUUUUAGUAAUACACGCUAUGCAUAGAACCACA